GAAACCCUUGUCCAAAGGGGCCAAUAGGAGGAGGAGAAGGAACAAAAGGAGAAAACCCUAACCCCUGCUUUUUGCGUUCGUUCCAACAACCGGAGACCAAACAAAGCUGUGUCUGAGCUGGUAAGUGCAAAAGAAGAAGUGGAGGUCCGAGGAGGAGAUGGCAUCAAGUGCGUUAGGAAGAGGAAGCAGGGUUCUGAUGGCGGCAGGGAAGGCAGCCUCAGCUUCUGCAGCAGCAAAGGCUCCACCACGCUCCAACAUGGGUAUCAUGAAGGUGGUGCCCGUCUCUCCAGUGCUCGGCAACUUCCUCGGAACUUCCGAAGCCUCGCGUAGCCUCGCCGUCAAGAAAGUCUGGGAGUACGUUAAGCUCCACAACCUCCAGAACCCUGCAAAUAAGAAGGAGAUCUUUUGUGAUGAGACACUAAAGACGAUCUUUUCUGGGAAAGACACUGUAGGUUUCCCGGAGAUUGCCAGAUUGCUGUCCCAACAUUUUAUCAAAUCUUCUGCCUAAAUUUGUGACCCUCUCUGGUUGGAUAGUUGGUUUUCUUUUGCAAAUGAAGGAUGGAUGCCUCUUUUGGUUUUCCUUGUACUUAUCUAGCAUUUUGGGUGUUUGGACUUGGACCCAUUGUCUUACUUUUAUAAUGGAAAUGAUAUGGAAAAAUGUUUUGGAGUGUAUGUGAGAAAACCCUGCUCCCAUUGUAGAUGUUAGAUUGGCUUCGUUGUGGAUAUGAAUUAAGAAUUAUGGAUGCGCUUUGAAAUC